UAUAUUUUACUCUCUCUCUUAACUGAAUUUCCCUCUCUAAAUUCUUAGCUUCAACAGACCGGCCAUGGUGACAACGGCCGAACUGGAAGAGCAAGGUCCCGCCACGAGAGCUCUCGGCUCUCUCUUCAAGCUCACCGAAGUCUUUCUCCGGUACGACGCCUCGAAGGAGACGAAGGACAGGUCCUUUUCCAUGGGCCGGUCUAAACCAGCUGGCGACGGCGGCGAUGUGGCGAAUUUCGGGGUUUUAGAAUGUGGGACUUUGCCGGAGGAUAUGGAGCUUACUAACCAGAUGAACGCGCCGGGCCUUCCAGUCUCAUUCAACACUAAUAAGGAGAAGAGGAACAGAAAAACGGAAGGUAAAAGAAAGGGAAUGCGCCUGAAGCAAACAGACAGUUCUCUGGACGUCGUAGGUGGAGCAAUGGAGCCUUCCAAAGUGAGUGAGGGAGAUACUGUUUCUCCCAUGAUAUUCGAUGGUAACACAAGCAGUUCUUUGUGUUGUUUGCCAAUGAUGGGCCAAAGUGAAUCAUCUUCCUCUGAUGUUGCAGCGGGUGCCGUUGAAUUUCAGUGCCCUUCUGUUGAAGGAGAUAAUCCAGAAAAUUCAACUGAGAUUACUGGUGAUGCUGUCGAAGAACAAGAUCAUGAUGGAAUAUUGGCCAUCGUUUGUAAUGAUGCCCAGGGUUGUGAUCCUUUACACAGGGGCCAUGUGCUCAAUGACAUAAUGAGAAUUGCGGUGAGCUCAACUGAUUUAGAUGCUGAACAGAUUGAUGAACAAAAUACUGUUGAACUCAAUAAUGCGCCUAUUGAACCUAAUUUUUGUGAGGAAACUCUCAAAGAUUACGAAGAUUUUGACACGUUUCAAAUACUAAAUACAAGCAGCUUGUCCUAUACAUACACUGAAGUAUCUGAGGAUAGUAAUAUGCAUUCAGGAAAUGAAGUUUUGGCAACAAACCAGUUGGAAAUGCAGCUUGACCCUGCUGUACGAAAACGGAAGAAGAAAGUGAGAAGAAAGAAAAUUCAGAGAAAGUUAUCUAAUGAAAACGAAGAGCUUCUAUUUCAAGAGCUGUUCAAAGAGUUUUCUGCUGAUAUGGGAAAAUAUUGGUGUCAACGGUACCUAUUAUUCUCCAGAUACGAUGAUGGUAUAAAAAUGGAUGAGGAAGGAUGGUUCUCUGUCACUCCAGAGCUUCUAGCUAGGCAUCAUGCAGAACGAUGUGAUAGUGAUGUCAUCAUUGAUUGUUUUACUGGAGUUGGUGGGAAUUCCAUCCAAUUUGCACAGAAAAGCAAACAUGUAAUUGCAAUUGAUAUUGAUCCAACGAAGAUUGAUUACGCACAGCAUAAUGCUGCCAUCUAUGGGGUUGAUGACAGGAUAGAUUUCAUAACGGGGGACUUUUUCCGCUUGGCACCAAAGCUAAAGGCAGACACGGUCUUUUUGUCACCCCCAUGGGGAGGACCUGAUUAUGCAAAAGUAAAGACAUACGACAUGAAGACAAUGCUUAAGCCACAUGAUGGAUACUUUCUCUUUAACAUCGCAAAGGAAGUUGCUUCUAGGAUUGUCAUGUUUCUCCCGAGAAAUGUUGAUAUCAACCAAUUAGCAGAGAUCGCUCUAUCAGGGUCUCAGCCAUGGUCACUAGAGGUCGAGAAAAACUUCGUAAAUGGAAAGUUGAAGGCGAUAACUGCUUACUUCAGUGAUAUGGCCCGGAGAUGAGAUAAUGUUGUUGAAUAAGAAGAGUAUCCAAGAUAACUCUAAUGAUCCCAAGAAUAAGAAAAUAGAACACACUCUUAAAGAAAGCUCACAAAACAAACUAGUUAGCAAAGCUUUUCUUAUUUAGCUCUAGGCUU